AUGAGGAUUAUCGCAGUCGCAGGGGGGACUGGCAGUGUCGGCCAGACCAUCGUGGAAGCCCUUGUGGCGCAUGGCAAGCACACGGUUCUCAUCCUCACGCGCAAGGUGAGUCGGCAUACUAUGGGUUACGGUCGCCGGGCAAAGGCUCUUGAGACCGCAAAUGUUGACACUGUCAUCUGUGCGUUCGGCAUGGAAUCCGAUGCCAUUAGCGAGGCCCAGGUAAACCUGAUCCGUGCCGCAGACAUGUCGGGGUCGACGAAGCGCUUUGUAGUGAGUGGGUACGAUAUGUUGUUUAAAGAGGAGCACAUCCCCAUGGUACCUACCGCAAAGUGGGCUUUGGCGGCGUCUCACGCCGUGGAGGAAUCGAGUCUGGAAUAUACACGGGUGGUCAACGGGCUAUUCCUGGACUAUUAUGGUCUUCCACACUGGAGAAGCCAUCUCAAGCCAUGGGUCAACGCUGUCAACGUGGAAGGGAAAUGGGCCGUUCUUCCGGGUGAUCGGGCUUCCAAGGUCAAUUUCAUCACUUCCCAAGACAUGGCACGGUUCGUCGCAAGACUCAUGGACCUAUCGGAGUGGUCGCCUGUGAGUUUCAUCGCCGGUCAGACUGCGUCCUUCAAGGAUAUUCUUCGAUUAGCCGAAGAAGCGCGAGGUGAACGAUUUUCCGUCAAAAAUGAGAGCCUUGAAGACCUUCGAAACGGCCGCAUAUCUUUCCCUGAAUUCGAGGAAACUGGGCUCGAAAGCACUGGACGGUCUACGGAGUACAUCUUCGCAUUAUUCCACUAUAUAUCUGGCACUGGGGGAUAUACUAUUUCCCGCGAUGGUACUCUGGACGCUCAAUUUCCCGAUAUCAAGAUUACAACAGCGGCGGAAGUCAUCGAAUCUUCUUGGCGAAACCCGUGA